UCCGCGUUUCCAGAUUCCUAGUCAUGGCCUUUGAAGUGCGCAUCAAGUGCCGGGAGAUGUUGGCAGCCGCCUUGAAGGCGGGCGACAUGCCAGCAGGAUGUGACGAUCCGGAGGACAUGGCCGCCCAGCUGGAGGAGGCCAUUUACGUGGAGCUGAAGUCGUGCCAGGUCAAGUACAAGAAUCGGAUUCGUUCGCGUCUGGCCAACUUGCGGGAUCCCAAGAAUCCGGCGCUGCGCGAGAAGUUCUUGCUGGGACUGAUUUCCGUGGAGCAGCUGGCCAGAAUGACGCCGGAGGAGAUGGCCAGCGAUGAUCUGAAGCAGAUGCGCCAGAAGUUCGUCCAGGAGUCCAUCAACGCGGCUCAGAUGGCCGAGUUCCAGGGCACCAAGACGGAUCUGUUCAAGUGCGAUCGCUGCCAGAAGCGCAACUGCAUCCAACUGCACACCCGGGACGGCGACGAGUCCAUGAUCACCUUCGUCAUGUGCGACGAGUGCGGCAACCGCUGGAAGAACUAG